AUGGCUGUCGCUCUUCCGAGGCGAUUUUACUCGCUACUCUGGGUCGCAGUACUCCUUGCGCUCGUUGUAUUCUUCAUCUUCCUGCGCGAAGACACCUGGUCUUCAAUUCCUCGACCUCCCAGCGGCUGGAAGAUUCCUUUCACCACAGACGAUGGCGUUCUAUCAUCAUGGAUGGGCGGUAGCAAGAAGAAGGGUAAGGACCCCAAGGAGCCUCUGCGCAUCAUGCUCGUAGAGUCCUCGGGCACACACGACGAGGUCGCCGCUGCUCUCAUGCACGCUUUCGGUAACCAGGAGGGCUCGUCGCUCGACGUCUACUUCGCCAACCAGCGCUUCAACAUGCAGGGCAUCAUGGCCAACUUCACCCUCGCUGCCAAUGUCACCAUCAACAAGUGGGACAAGUUCGCCAACGAUGUCACCGAGAACCCCCCGCAUAUCCUCGUCUCUACCACCUGCGAGUUCGACCUCGACCGUGGCACCGAUCCUAUCGUCAACCUCCUCAAGACCGCAAACACCCAUCUCUUCUGCACAAUCCACCACGCUGAUCGCUGGGCCCAGGGCAAGUACGUCCAGGCCGUCCGCAGCUGGGCAGAGCACGAGCGCGUCGACUUUGUUGGUCUGAGCCAGCACACCGUUGACUUCUUCCUCAACGACACUGUUCCCAAGUGGCACACGGCUGCUAACCUUACCACUCGCGUCAUCCCCCCCGUGUUCCCCGUCCACAUUUCCGACCCUGAUCUCGAGCCCGGCAUUUCUCUGUCUCUUCAGGGCGAUUACUCUGACGGCCGACGUGACUACAACGGUGUCUUCAACCAUCUCGGCAGCGUCAUUCGAAAAGCCAACGAGGAGUCCGAGGGCCACACACCUCAGAAUGUCAGUCUUCACCUUAUCGGACACGGCACUCAUCCCGAUGUCCCCGACCACGUCAAGGACCACGUCUUCUUCGACGAGGGUCUUUCUUACCCCGAUUUCUACACAUUAAUGUCCAAGUCUUUCGCUGUGCUCCCGGCGUUUGCCUCUGAGACAUACUUCGACCGCAAGGCUUCUUCAACCAUUCCCGCAGCCUUGAUCGCAGGAGCUCCCAUCGUUGCGUCAGAGGAGCUGCUCAAGGCUUACUCUUACCUGCCCCGAGAUACCACCUGGGUUGCCCGACCUGGCGAAGGCGAGAUGGAUGUUAUUGAGCGAGUGAUUGAUGACCGGGACGGUUUCCUUAAGCGAAGGCAGGCCGUGAGGGAUUUUACCAAGUCCCUAUUGGAACAGAACCAGGCAAACACCAAGGCCUGGAUCGACGAGGCUUUCGAAAAGUACAACCGCAACUAA